AUGUUUAAAAGGGUCAGCCCUGAGGAAAAUAAAGUCGAGAUCCUGUCUGUUCGUAGAUCCAGGAAGCAGGAGAUCCUCCUGGUACUCAAGAAGGGACAGGAUCUCACUAGUUUCAGCAGUGCGCUGACCACUGCCCUAACAGGAAAAGCGGAUGUCGCGACUGCCGUCUCGACGAGGUCGAUAGAAAUUGUAGACCUCGACGAGACUGUAGUCGUCGCAAAGGUGUUGGAGGCCGUACGGGGUCUUCUGGGCAAGCCCGAGUUGGACGUGCCCUGCCAACUAGUCCGACGAUAUGGAGGUACGCAGAUGGCGAUUCUGCGUCUGCCAGACUUGGACGCGGAAUUGCUGCUUAAGACCGGUCGUAUUAAGAUCGGCUGGGUGAACUGCAGAGUCCGGGCCAGAGUUGAAGUGGACAGAUGCUUUAAAUGCCUCUGUUACGGACACCUGGCACGAGGCUGCAGUGGCCCAGACAGAAGAAACGCUUGUUGGAAGUGUGGUGGUUUGGACCACAAAAGCAAGUCGUGUAAGGGUUCUGCUCGUUGCAUGACUUGCUCCGACAAGGGGUCGAAGGAAGUAAACCACCUUCCAGGAAGCAGGGCUUGCCCAGUUUAUUGGGGAAUCCUGUCAGAGUUAAAAUCUAAAAUUCGGGGUACUUCAGGUUAA